CGCCACCUCCUCCUCGGUAAUCCCGGUAGUCUGGUCGGGUACGAGGUCUGCUUGACCAUUCCCUAGAAGAUGGAGAGCACAUGAAGCCUUGCACGGUUUAUAUAAAACAGCAGAUGCUGUAAAAACGUUAACAGUCAGUGCAGAUACUUUUAUCAUCUCCACAUCAACGAGUGUGAAAAUCAGUAUGACUGUCAUAAGAACACUCUUCAUCGUAUUAAUUGUUACGGUGGCAUUAUUUGAAAUUAGUUUGGCUCAGCGAUUGCUUAUGCCAUCGAUCGAACGCUGUGGUUCCGGAGUAAAUUCAGGUGUAAAAGACGGCUUUGGCGCCAAAGGAGGUUGCAGAAGCAAUCAAGGCGAUCUGCAACCUGGUAUAAAGAGACCAAUCGGAGGCUAUGGAAAUAGUCAAGGAAAUCGAAAACCUGGCAUAAAACAACCCAUUGAAAACUAUGAGAAUGAUCAAGGAAAUCGACAGCCUGGUAUGAGGAGACCGGUCGAGGACUACGGAGAUAAUCAAGGAAAUCGUCAACUAGGCAUCAAGAGACCAAUUGAAAACUAUGGACAUAACAAUCAAGGAAAUCGACAACCUAGCAUGAGGAGACCAGUCGAAGACUACGGAGAUAAUGAAGGAAAUCGUCAACCAGGCAUAAAGAGACCAAUUGAAAACUACGGAUAUAACGAUCAAGGAAAUCGACAACCGGGUAUGAGGAGACCCAUCAAGGACUACAGCGAUAAUGAAGGAAAUCGUCAACCAGGUAUAAAGAGACCAAUUGAAAACUAUGGAAAUAAUCCAGGUUACAAAGCUCAACAACCUGGUGUAAGAAGACCAACUGGCGACUACGAUGCUAGUGCUGGCUGUGGUGUUAAAGAGGGUUGCGGUGCUAAAGGAGAUUACGGAAAUGAUCGAAGAACUUACCGAGGUCCCGAAGAUUAUGGUCGUGGAAAUCAACAAAAUAGAGAAGUUUAUUCUUAAUAUUCAAGAAUAAUAAUGAAGGCUUUGUUCACUAUACGUGCCAUCCUCACAAGUUUGUAAUUUUUCUUAAAUUUACAAUAAAAAAGCUCUGAUACAA